CCAUCUCCGAACCCGAGCUUCCGAAAGUCCGCCCCGCGCCUCAUCUCCGGCCGAGAUAGAGUCAUUCGCCUUGUGAUCGGGUGUUCACUCCGCAAUCGCAACCUAUAAUCACUCAACUGGACCUGACUCCAUAUAUUUACGCUGUACCACACAACAUAGCGUUCUUCGUCCAAUCUGUAAACACAUCAGAAGAAGCCUUUUCAAUACGAUCUUCGCUUCACCCGCUCCUCGCCUCGCCAUAUUGCCCCGCCUCCAAUUCCGCAUAGAGGGGCAGAUCCAACUACCUGACCUUAAAGUUCACACAACACAAUGACCAUGGCUGCGCCGUUGGAUUCUAGUCUGAAUUUCGAUUCCAUCGAAGACACCCUUGCCGCUUUCAAGAAUGGCGAGUUCAUUAUCGUCCUCGACUCCCAAGAUCGCGAAAAUGAAGGCGACUUGAUCAUCGCCGCCGAGUCUAUCACCGACGCCCAGAUGGCCUUCCUGGUCCGGUACACGAGCGGUCUCAUCUGCGCCCCCGUUACCCCUGAAAUCGCCCAACGCCUGGCCCUCCCACAGAUGGUGCUCGAAAACGCGGACCCCAAGGGCACCGCCUACACGGUCUCCAUUGACUCGAGCGACCCGUCCGUCACCACUGGUAUCUCCGCACAAGACCGCGCUCUGGCCUGCCGCACCCUCGCCUCCCCGACCGCCCGCGUCGACGAUUUCCGACGACCGGGCCACAUCAUCCCCCUACAGGCCCGCAGUGGCGGUGUCCGCGAGCGGAGAGGCCACACGGAAGCGGCGGUGGAGUUCUGCCGGUUGACGGGCAAGGUCCCCGCGGGUGUGAUCGCGGAGCUCGUCGAGGACGGCGAGCUGGUUGAGGGGGUGCCGGAGAUCCGGGGCAACAAUGGCAUGAUGAGACGUGAUGGCUGUCUGCGGUUCGGCAAGAAGUGGGGGAUCAAGGUCUGCACGAUCGAGGAUCUGGUCGAGUAUGUGGAGAAGACGGAAGGUGGUCUUACGAACGGGGGUCAAUGAACAUGAAAGAGAGCAGAAACAGGAAAAAAAGGGUCGAGAGAGGUAUAUUUGUGGUUUCUUUCCCUUUGACGGUUGUAUAAAUUUCUUCUGAGUGAUUUCCUCUCUUGUUCGGUUAUACAUCAGGACCAGGCUCUUUGGGUUUGUUGUUCACUGCAUUAUGCGCGGCUUGGUUGCAUGUUUGCGUAUGGGUGACUCAAGUGAGGAAAAGAGAAAAUAGAUUCUAUCUUUAUGGCUGGUUUACACGUUUUCAUGAGUCUUGGAGGAGUCGUUGUUAGAUAAAAGAGGAGAAUCGACAUGAGCAUCAAGUCCAU